AUGGGGAAGACUGCUGACUUGACAGUUGUCCUAAAGACGGCCAUUGACAACUUGUUCAAGGAGGUGGAGUGUGUAUUACAAGACAACCUGGUGGAGGUGUCUGGAGGUGGUUUGAACUAUGUCUAUUCAACCCUUCAGUUCCACUUCCACUGGGGCACCGAAGCAUCCAACUCAUUGGGCUCGGAGCACACUGUGGAUUCACAAAGAUACCCAAUGGAGCUGCACAUAGUCAGCAAAAGGAAGGAUUUGACUUUGGAAGAGGCGUUCCAGACUUCUGAUGGCAUGGCAGUGCUUGCAUUCUUUAUUGAGGUAACAUCUGGAGCAUUAAAUUGGUCUGAUUUGCAGCCCACCACAAGUACGACGACAGACAUGACACCCUGGAAAAAACUAACCAAUUACUUCUCAGCUAUCCAGAACAUUAGUACAAAAGUUGAAGUCACAGAUAAAAUCUCUAUCGAUGACUUGCUUGGCAGCGUGAACCGUGAUUCAUAUUACCGCUACAGUGGUUCCCUUACUACUCCUACAUGCAACGAAGCUGUGGUUUGGACAAUCUUUAAAGAGACGGUCAAGGUGGAUGAGAACCUGAUGGUAAUGUUCCCAAAAUUCACAACCCUUGAAGACUUUUAUCGACCCAUACAAAGUGUUAAUGGCAGAAAAAUCUACUCCACAUCUGCAGCCACGGCCCCAAGAUCCUCUGUUGGCAUGUCUCUUUGCAUUUGUCCAGAAGGACACUCCACGUGCAAGGCUGCCCAGGAUGUAGUCCACCUCCCAGGUCCGGACCAGCACCACACGACCAGAACCAGGUUGAACCCCUCUGCCUCUGUUCCCUGCAGCCCCCAGGAUCCAUGUCACACUGAGUCUGGAUCAACAGCAGCCCAUGUACUCACCAGUGAAGAUACUACUACAACUUGA